AUGGGAACAGAAUUUGUGUUCAUGUUUUCCGAGCAUUAUAUCAAGGGCUCUUAUGUAAAAGUUUACUGCUCUACGAAUGCGAAAUCUGACGUAUCAGUCCGUAUACAGACACCGAUAUGGGACGAGGGUAAAGUCGACAUCACUCUGACUGUCCAAUCAGGAUCUAUCGUUGAAGUUGAUAUACCAAGGACUGUGCGCAUGAUUGGAACCGGCAAGGGAACUUCAUCCAUACAUAUCACUGCCACUGAUACAAUAUCAGUGUACGCAGCAGACACACAGACAAAUUCUGGAGAUGCAUUUAUGGUGUACCCUACCGACGCCCUUGGCAACGAAUACAUAGAUAUAACAUAUAAUCAGACCAGUACAAAGUACUUCAGCUCGCUCGGCGUUGUGGCAUUAUAUGAUCUCACCGUUGUAGAAAUCUACCCUCCACCACAAGGUAGUAUAUCCUAUGAAGGAACGGAUUAUACCGUAGGUCAAAUACUGACAUUGACAAUAAAUCAGUACGAAUUGUUUCAGAUCCAGUCACAUGACCUAUCAGGAACACGCGUAUUGUCUUCUUUUCCAUUGUCUGCGGUAACGGCUCACGAAUAUAUCCAAAUGGGGAGCUCAACUAGUAAGGACUUCAUGGAGUCUAUGUUGCCUCCAGUUAGUUCACUAUCAACUUCUUAUGUUGUGUUUGGACUUCCGAUGUAUGCAAAACCAGAAGUCAUCCGCAUUGUCAAUUCCAAAGAAAAUACACACGUUACCAUAAGUUCACCACCUUCAAAUGUUUUAAUGAAAGAGAUUGGUUCUAUUUAUGACUUCCAAGUAGAUCCUGGCGCAGGUGCUGUCAUAUCAGCAGACAAAGCUAUAAUAGUGGCACUCGUUAGCCUUGGCCGGAGCAUGAAGUCCUAUGGCGACCCCCGUAUGAUUGUGGCACUUUCUGUGGAUCAUUUCCUGUCGGAGUAUACCUUUCCUAUCGCCAACCUGACUGGAAAACUACAGUACACACACCGCAUUGUUAUAUUGGCUAAGACGAGUGACGUGUCCAAUAUCAAACUGGAUGAUUCCUACAUAUCUGACCUUGGACUUGUGUGGACAGAGUUGGCCGGUACAGGCUUCUCUAUAACAUACACCAUCUUAGACGUUGGGGUUCACUCCCUCACAAGUGAUGCCGUAACAUCUGUAUUUGUGGGAUACCUUGCAGGACAUGGAUCAACAGAGGAAUAUGGCACCUUGACAGGUCGUUACCUUGGUGACACAAAUCAGAUGGACGCAUCAGAGGUGCGAUGUUCACACCGAAAGCCUUCGGUUACACUCUAA